UGUAGUUGAAGGAGCAGAAGAAGAAGAAGAGAAGGUGGUACCGCCUUCAAUUCUCUUUUUCUCUCUCCAUUUCUCAUCCUCAUCAUCUUAUUAUUCCUCUUCCAUCUCUAUUCUCCAUAACACCCACCACACCACUUGUGAAAAACCUCAUUAAUAUCACACACUGACAUGUAUCUCUGAGCUCCAAUCCAAUACAAGACCACACCUUGUCGUGUCGGACGAACCUUGGUGUCUGUUUUUUUUUUUUUUUUUCAUUAUUUUCUCCGAAGAGAUGAGGAAGGGCAGAGGUGGAGGCGCCUCGGCGGCGGCGGUGGAUGUGAACGGAUCCAUUUUAAAGGAGCCUCGGUACCGGGGCGUGAGGAAGAGACCGUGGGGGAGAUUCGCCGCGGAGAUCAGAGACCCGUUGAAGAAAGCCAGGGUUUGGUUGGGAACCUUCAAUUCUGCCGAGGAUGCUGCUCGUGCCUACGACGCCGCCGCUCGGACUCUCCGAGGUCCCAAGGCCAAAACAAAUUUCCCCCCUCUCUCACCUUUUUGCUAUCCACACCCCACCACCGAUCCUUUCUUCUACACUGGUUUCCACGAUCAACACCACCACCACAACAACAACAACCUUAACAACCCUCAAAGACCCACUUCAAGUGGCAUGAGUAGCACCGUUGAGUCCUUCAGUGGGCCCCGCCCUCCCACCACCACCACUACCACCACAACCACAACUGCGACGCCGUUUUUGACUGCUACGCGGAGAUACCCGCGCACUCCCCCUCUUGUCCCUGAAGACUGCCACAGUGACUGCGACUCUUCCUCCUCCGUCGUUGACGACGGCGACGACAACAUCGUUUCGUCGUCGUUUCGACCUCCCUUGCCGUUUGAUCUCAACGCGCUGCCGUUUGAUGAUGCUGCCGCGGAUGAUGAUCUACGCCGCACCGCGCUUUGUCUCUGAUGAUGAUUAUCGUGCGAUGAUGAUUUUUAAUUUCUCAUUUUUUUACUUGAUUUUUUUGUUAUUGCUAUGCAGAAGAAAUAUAUAUUUAAAAUGAUGAUCAGAUGUAAGAUUAUGGUAAUAUGAUCUUAAUUCUGUGAGAGGAAGAUUCCGUGUUGGUUAUAUUUUCUUCUUUUUAUUAUUUUUUUAAACAUUUUUAUUUAGAAGGAAAUAUUGAAUGAAAAGAAAAAAGAGAAAGUAAUUAUGAUCUGUUUGUUUGAAAAAAAAAAAGAAUUUGUGAGCAUCCAAUGUGGGUAUGUAUGCAAUCUCCCACGGAUCCUCUGAUCUCUGUCUCUGGGUAUUAUAGUAGUACUAGUUAAGAAAUUCAGUGUUGCUCUAACUUAAGGUUUCUAGUUAAGUUGUCUUACUAAUUUUUCGUUGGUCUUGGAAAAUCAGUUUAUAUUUCUGGCUUUGUUCCUUUUCCCGUCAUUUGCUGAAUUUCCAAUGUUUGAAUGUAACGCCAAAUUGAAUUUGA